AUGGUCGCUGUGUUGCCGAGGAUCGGACGGGGUCCUUCCUCGGACUUUCCUGGGACAAUGUUCAGAAUAACUUUAAAGGAUCUCACAAUGGCUAGUGGAGUAGCCGCUGUCCCUCGGGUCCCAGGAUCUCCCCAUAAGGGAAUGAAGACCCCUAACCUACCCGUCAUUGAACAUCCUAUGUCCAAAUUAGGAAAUAAAGGGGAUCUCAACAUCCGUGGAUCCUCCAGCAUGGGACAGAGGAAGGACAACGGGCAUGGCCUUAAUUUGGAUUUUGGUCCAAAAAUCAGUACUAACGGGCCCAGUGCCCCCGUCAGCAGGGGCAGGGAUGUCGGAAACCCCUCCCUAUACAAAAGUGCACCGGACAGGAUCAUCCAGUGGCCUCCGG